CAGCAGCAGCAGCAGAAACUGCGGCUCCAGAGAAUCCAGAUGGAGAGGGAGCGGAUCCGGAUGCGCCAGGAGGAGUUACUGCGACAGGAGGCUGCUCUUUGCAGACAACUUCCUAUGGACCCAGAAAACAUGGUCCCAGUUCAGACAGCUGUGAACACCCCUGCCAUGACACAGGACAUGAGGGCUAUCACAAAUAAUGGAUCAGAUCCUUUCUUGAACAGUGGGCCAUACCACUCCAGAGAACAGAGUACAGACAGUGGCUUGGGAUUAGGAUGCUACAGUAUACCAACAACACCUGAAGAUUUCCUCAGCAACGUAGAUGAGAUGGAUACAGGAGAAACUCUAGCACAGACAGCAAUGAACAUAAAUGCACAGCAAACACGUUUCCCCGAUUUCCUCGACUGCCUUCCAGGGACGAACGUUGAUCUUGGGACUCUAGAGUCAGAAGACUUGAUCCCGAUUCUCAACGACGUGGAGUCAGUGCUUAACAAAAACGAGCCCUUCCUCACCUGGCUGUAAUCAGGCAAUGCUUGUUGGGCCUACAGUGCAAUUCAGAUUUCUUUUUCCUCUUGGGGUAGGCGUAGAAUAUCUGAAUGUCCUCAAGAGAUACAACAUCCUGCCGUAUUGACGUUUGUUACAUCGUCUGUAUGGUCAGUUUAAUAGCUGCCUGAAUUUGAUUGAUACUAAUUUAAGUAUGAAAUACAUUUAUAUAUAUAUAUAAAAAAUACAUACAUGGAUAUAUAUUUCUUGAAAAAACCCCAUACCACUUUACACAUCUGUGUACUUUUUUACAUUUUCAAACCAGGUGGAAAUGCUUCACUUUUAGGACAGAAAGUGGCUGAUGUUUGUACACAUCCCUGACUGCUCUCCUGGGUACUGAUUGACAUCACAGAGCCUUUGUGAGUCAGAAAAGCUAACUCCUAGCUUGCCUGGUUCAAAAAAAGUGCAAAGGACCAGGACAUGAGAGCAGUUUUAUUAUUAUGUUUAUGACAAUACUAUCAGAAGCUUUUUUAAAAUCAAAUUACUUAAGCCUUAAAAAGCUUUUUUAGUUCUUAGUGACUAACUAUACUGUAUAGAAUACAGUUCAAAUAUGAUUUAAUCGAGCAUAAUAAUUCCCAUUAUAUAUUUGUGAAGGCACAAACACUACUAUAGCAGUUUCUUUUUUUCAGUAAAUUACUGUAUAGUUUUCAGAAAAUAAUUACGUCUAGUCUCAAUGUACCAGAAUUAUUUAGCAACAUUUUUACACUACAAUAUUGUUACAAAAUAAACCAGGCUGGUACUGACUGUUGCCUUUUAGAAACAAAGAAAUGUAUUAUAAACAAGCAUUUUUAAAAAAAUUAUUAGGUUUUUUAGUUUAUUAUAUUAAGCACUACAGUUUUGUAACUUAACAUGUGAACAAGCAAUUUUUUAUAUAUAUAAAAUCUGUGGCAAGUAUCUUAAGUGCAAAAAUAUUCUUUUAAAAUCAGUUCUGGCAAAUGUGGCACAAAUUGUCAAUGUCAUACAUAGGGGGAGAUAAACCUUCCUCAUACUGUUUUCAGUGAUGUUUAUAACUGACAAUGUAAAAAUACAUGUAGUUCUAUACAUGAAAAAGAACCAGGAACUUUAUCAGGGCACUGCUAAAGCAGCAUUGGGACUCACUUGGUAAAGCUGCUUAGUUUUUAUGUCUUUCAUUUACCAUAACUGGUGCGCAGGACACGAGGCAUGUGCUUUGUGGUUUUGCCUGCUAUAUAUCCUACAAAACUUCUUUAUCAGAGGUUUGGGACUGAGAAGACAUCAAGAGCAUUAAGUCUGCAGUUCUCCUGAAAUGCAAAUGAAGUCCUGAAUAUUCUUGUUUUGGAAUUAUCUUAUUUAUAAUUAAUGGAUAUAAGCAUUUUGUAUUGAAGAAUAGGUAAUUUUAUGAAAGGCAUUAUAACUUUUCUCUAAGCUUAAUCCAGGCUAUGUAAAGAGAAGAAGAGAUGUAGCACUAAGUGUAAAUGUGCGUUUGCCAGGUCUGAUAACACUUAGCAAGAUAUUAGUGAUGCAUCAGAAUAUUGACCCUUAAAGGCCUUUUUUCCAUCUGGUUGGGUGAAGGUAGGUGAAAAGGUCAGCGAUGAAGUGGUGGGAAUACAGAGUAGAUUUGGAAGAUGAAUGAUGAGGUAAUAAAUGUAGAUCCUUGCUGGGAAGGAUGGCUGCAGACAGGGGUGCAUAGCAAAUAAAUCUCAGUGUUCUGUGAAAAACAUAAGAGAAGUGUUCAAAAAAGUAAAUGACCAUGUCUGUGAUGAACUUCUAAGUGUACAUGGUGUCACAGGAAGGAAAAUAAAAAGCACACACACUGAAAUUUUGAAAAAAAAGAUAUUAGGCAAAGACCUACAGUUGUGAGGUUUUAUGACAUAGUAAAAGGUAGCUUUUUAAAAAUGUUCUCAUUUUGUUUUUUUUUAACAGAAAAAGAAAUGCAACAGCAGAGUUGUGUCUGCACAGAAUUUAAUCACUGAAUGGGCAUUGUGUUUCUUUUAUUCUUUUGGGGGUUAUUAGUUGGGUUUUUCUUUUUUUAUUCUUGCUAGUUUUGCUAACUGUUGAGAUACCAUAAACUUCUUUUCAAUAAACGGGGGCCGGGCAGGGCUGACCAAUAUUACUGUAAUUGGUUUUAAUCUCUCUCUUUUAAGGAUUUCUUCAGGUUGUCAGCCUAAAUGAAAAACAGAUGGUCCUAAGGCUUUGUUAUUUAGUACCAUGACUGGUGUUGGUAAAGAAUUGGAGGUUUUCUGGCCAGCUUUGAAGGCCACGUCACCAGCACCGCUCAUUUGGCAUAAGGAGCCGACAGCCACAGGUGCUGGAAUGACCCACAGCAGCUGUGGAUCUGCGCUGGUGUGCUCCAGGUGGUAGAGCCUAUCCACAGAGAAUGCAGUUUGUUCAUUUUCUGGCAAAUCUGCACCAUUUAACAUGUAAGCUUGUCAUAAGAGAAGAUAUUCUGAGCAGGUUGGCUAGCAGCUCUGUGCGGUAGCUGGUGCUGAUUCCUGCCCAGCCACAUGCAUUGUUGUCAGCCAAAGGCUGUUCUGUCUAUGGGGAAAACUAAUGCAGCUUUCUAGUGAAAUCACACCAGGUGUUUAUCAUAACUGUGAAGCUGCAAGCUUGAUUCCUUUUUUAUUUGUGUUUCUGGUGGUUGAGUGUCUUGGUGCAGUCCCUUAAAAGGAUAAAGCAAUCAUAAACUCUGUUUCUGUGUCACUUCCAUAGUAAACCAGCCGUAGAUCUGGAACAGGAAGGUACUGAGUGGAGCAGCACUUCAGGCUGAAAGAGCUGCCAGAAUCUUAGGUUAGAUCUUUACUCAGUCAUGAAACAAAUCUUGGUUAAAUUAAAAGUGAUUCUUUACACUCUCAGCUUUUAAUUUUUGUUACGGAGAUAAUGUAUCCAAUGAAGUGCAAUGACAAUAAAAUCUAUUCUUCACAGUUAUCUUUUAAAAAGUUUCUGGCUUUAAACAGGCUUAUGGCAGAAUUUUUCAGUAUUCAAAGCAUAUGUAAUAUGAAAGUAAAUUUAUUGUUGACAAUAUUUCACUGUACUAUUUCAGGUUUUGAGCAUUUACUGUACUAAAUUGUACACUGUCUGCUUGUAGUAUAAAUACAACCAAUGUGCCAGCUGGACAAUUUUGCUGUGACCAUCCCUGAGGGGUCAUAUGUAAGUCUUGGUGAUACAGAAGUAAUGGGACAUGGUUAAUUACAGUUUGUAUUCUGGUAAUACUGUUAGAAUGUAACUUGGGGAGGGAUUGGGUUUGACUUUUUGUCAACAAAUACUGUUUGGGGGAAAGGAAGGAUUUAAAUCUCUGUUUUAAUUACAGAAAAAUGUGGGUGGUUGUCCAAAUAAACUUGUUUCCUAAUACAUACA